GCGAUGACAUCAUUCCUCCCUGACUCCCGGAGCGCGCACCAGCGGCGGGACCGGCGCCCGGCGGCGAGGACCCGGAGCACGCAGGCCCAGGAUGCCGGGUGGGCCUCGGCGGCUCCCGCGGCCCCGCCCCCUGCCUCCCCGGCGGCUCCCGCAUCCGCGCCCCCUGACGCUCCGUCGUCGCCGUGGCGCUCCCCGCACCCGGGCUACGAGCUUCAACGUGGGCAAAGGAGCCAGGAAAAGAGAUGAAGAUUCAGGCACUGAAUUGGGAGAAGGAACAGACGAAUGGGCCCAAUCCAAAACCAUAGUUAGACCCCCUGACCAGCUGGAGUUGACAGAUGCGGAGCUAAAGGAGGAGUUUACUCGCAUCCUGACGGCCAACAAUCCACACGCUCCCCAGAACAUUGUCAGGUACAGCUUCAAAGAAGGCACCUACAAGGUCAUUGGCAUUGUGAACCAAAUGGCAGUCCACUUCAGCCAGGUCGGGAACCUGGUCCCCAAAGACUCCGAUGAAGGCCGGCGGCAACACUUUCGUGAUGAGAUGGCAGCAGGUUCUGAGGGGUCUGUCAAGGUGGUGAUCUCAGAAAACGAGAACCUUGAAGAAGAGGAGGAGCCCAAGGAGGCAGAAACUGGCAGCCAAACGAACACUGAGGCUGGUGCUGUAAGGGCUGUGUCCUAGGUGGCUGAAGCCGUCAUUGAGGAGGAGCUGUUGACACCCAGGCAGCCUCUGGAACGCAAGCUCACCAACAAGUUCAACUUCAGCGAGAGGGCCUCGCAGACCUUCAACAGCCAGAUGCGGAACCGGGAAUGCCAGAUGGAGCCCCCUCCCAGGACAAACUUUUCAGCCACAGCCAAUCAGUGGGAAAUAUACGAUGCCUACAUGGAGGAGCUGGAGAAGCAGGAAAAAACCAAAGAGAAGGAGAAGACAAAGACUCCAAUAUCUAAAAAAGCGGGGACGAUGGCUAUGAGGAAGAUGGCCUCCAUGGAGUCCCAGAGCGAUGACAUCACCAAAGUGGCACAAGCCGCAAAAAUUGUGGAGCGGAUGGUCAACCAGAACACGUAUGAUGACGUUGCUCAAGAUUUUAAAUAUUACGAGGAUGCUGCGGACGAGUACCGGGACCAGGAGGGGACCCUGCUGCCACUCUGGAAGUUCCAAAACGACAAAGCCAAGCGCCUGGCCGUCACCGCCCUCUGCUGGAAUCCCAAGUACAAGGAUCUCUUUGCAGUGGGGCACGGCUCCUAUGACUUCAUGAAGCAGAGCCGGGGCAUGCUGCUGCUUUACAGCAUGAAGAACCCCAGCUUCCCUGAGUUCUCCUUCAGCAGCGAGAGCGGCAUCAUGUGUCUGGACAUGCACAAGGACCACCCGUACCUGGUGGUCGUGGGCCACUACGACGGCAACGUGGCCGUCUACAACCUCAAGAAGCCCCAGUCCCAGCCCUCAUUCCGCAGUUCGGCCAAAUCGGGCAAACACACGGACCCUGUGUGGCAGGUCAAGUGGCAGAAAGACGACAUGGACAACAACCUGAACUUCUUCUCCGUGUCCUCUGACGGCAGGAUCGUGUCUUGGACACUUGUGAAGAGCGACCUGGUGCACACGGACGUCAUCAAGCUGAAGGUUCAGGGCAAUGGCUUGGAAAGCCUGGAGGGCCUGCAGCUGCACACGAUGGGCUGUGGCACCGCCUUUGACUUCCACAAAGACAUCGACUACCUGUUCAUAGUGGGCACCGAGGAGGGCAAGAUCUAUAAGUGCUCGAAAUCCUACUCCAAUGAGUACCUCGACAUCUUCGACGCCCACAACAUGACAGUGGACGCCCUGAGCUGGAACCCAUACCACACCAAGGUCUUCCUGUCCUGCAGCUCUGACUGGACGGUGAAGAUCUGGGACCACACCGUCAAGACCCCAAUGUUCAUCUAUGACCUCAAUGCUGCCGUGGGGGACGUGGCCUGGGCCCCCUACUCUUCCACAGUGUUUGCAGCCGUCACCACCAACGGGAAAGUUCACGUGUUUGACUUAUCUGUCAACAAGUAUGAAGCCAUCUGCAGCCAGCCCGUGGUGGCCAAAAAGAAGAACAAGAUCACACACGUGCAGUUCAACCCUAUUCACCCCAUCAUCAUCGUGGGUGAUGACCGUGGGCACAUCACCUGCCUCAAGCUCUCCCCCAACCUGCGCAAGAUGCCCAAGGAGAAGAAGGGGCAAGAAGUGCAAAAGGGCCCCGCGGUGGAGAUCGCCAAAUUUGACAAACUGCUGAACCUGGUGAGGGAAGUGAAGACCAAGACCUGACAACUGACCUGUCCCGCCCUGUUAAUCUCCUGGUACUUGUGGCCCCUAACCCAGCCCCCAGGCCCUGAAUGAGCCCCCCAGUAUGUGACCCCAUU